CACAUCUUCCCUUCUCCCCUUCACCUCUCCUCCUCCCCCUUCCCCCUCUAUCUCUUUACUUGCUCCCGUCGGUCGUCCCUCCCACAUCUGCCCAUCUCUCUCUCUCUGCCCCCUUCCCCCUCGCUGCCCCUCCCCUCCCUUCCUUUCUCCCCCUCUUUUCUCGGCCAGGUGGAGCUGCCCCCUCCCGGCGCACUGGACCAAGCCGUCCCUGGGACCCCGAGGCCGCCUACCAUGGAGGGUGACGGCCCGGCAAGGCGCGAUAGUCCCCGGAGUUCGCCCCUACCCCCCGACUUGGCCAAUGGUCGGCCUCCCUCCUCGCCGCCAGGCCUGUGGCUGCCCUCAGGCAUUCCGCUGGGAUCCAAUUCACCCACCAACAGCCAGGGUCCCCUGGUCGCCAACUCGACCGGGCAAGGUCCUUCCAACUCCGGUCGCUUGCACUCCCCGCACCCCAAUGGGCACCACCACCACUAUGCGACCCCUUUCCCGGUGAGCUCUCGUCCGCGAUCGCAGUCACGCCCAAGUGACUUGGCCGAUGCCUCACGCUCCCUGCCCGGGCUUCUGCACGAUCACCACGCGGGGCCUGCAUUGGCGGGCAGCGACAGCAGCGCCAAUGGCAUGCAUGAUGGCACCGGCGCCGGGCAGCCACAAGCCGGCACCCAGCCCCCCGCUACGAAUGCUACUGCUGCGACCUCCGGCAAUGAUCUCGGUGGCGUUGAUGAGGACGACGAGGACGACCCGCCGCCGCCGUCCCUGACUCCGGCCGAGGUGGCCGCCUCACAUGGGUCUGGCCGGGCAGCCACUCCGGUGCGCAUGCACUCGGGCGGCGGGUCAACCACCGUUGGCGAUGGCCACCUCCCUCCCCGGGGAUUUGCGCCAUCAUCACCGCGUGCCACCCAUGCCGGGGACAGCUUCUUCCCGGCAUCCAUGCUAUCGGCCCUCCAACUGGGCGACCAUGGUGCCGGGGACUUGCACUCGGACAUUCCCUAUGAAAUGUAUCCCAUGGCGCAGCGGGGGUCCGACUCGGGCACCCGGGGGGAUUCCCUCUCCGAGGAGGACCGGCCACUGAUUUCCUCCCGGCGACCGGGGCGUGGCGGCUCAAAGGGCCUGUCCUCGAGGCUAUUCGGCACAGCGGCCCCAUCCAAAUCCCGGAAUGGCACCAGGGGGGGUCCUGGGCUCAUGCCCUCAGACAUGCUGAAUCCCUUCUCCGGGCGCUUCUCCACCUCCACCCGUCCCUACGCCGAGCCCGCUGAUCGAGUCACCUCCCUGUCUCCGGCAUCUACCACGGUGCAAGAUGGCCUCGGGCAUGAGCCUCCUCCCGUGUCGGGUGCCGGGACGGACAGCAACUUCCUUGUUGCCUUUCUGCGAGAAUUCACCCGACAAUCGGCCGGUCUGUCGGCCCAGGAGGCUGAGGCCGUGGCCGCUUUCAAGGCCCAACAGGAGCGCGACCAAGCCGACCUUUGGCCCUCCGACGAUGACCUUGAUGCCUUCCUCAUCCAGGUGUAUGAUUAUUACUGCGGUCAUGGCAUCCAGUCGAUCACCUUCAACUUCCUCUAUGUCGUCUUUCUCUUCAUCUUCACAACCUGCUUCUCCACCUUCUUGCUCUACUGCGUGAACUAUCGCGACCUGUUCAGUGGCAAGAUCCAAUACCUGUCAGAGGCCAUUCAGUUUUCCAACAUUCGGAACAUGCACGUCCCUUAUGCCCUGCUCUUGGCCGCGUGCUUCCUGCUGCUCUUGGCUGUGAUUGCCUCAUUUGUCCGGCAGUUUGGCGACCUCCGGCGUAUGAGUCGCUACUAUGAUGUCAUCCUUGGCUUGCGCGAGACCGACCUCCGCGCCGUCGAAUGGGACGAUGUGUUGGAGCGUCUCCUUGCGGCACAGCCGUCCCCGGCCGAGCGCGCCCGGCGAUCUGGCGUACCCCAAGGAGCCGGGGACUGGCCGGUUCCCGAGGCCAGGGACAGUGGUGCCAUUCCAAUUGAGCCGCCAUCCACUCGUGGGACCCCCCUGCUUCAGGCCUGCGACCAGACAGAUCUGGAGGGCGGCCCUCAGACCGCGCGGCAUUCGGUGUACGCGGCACCCGGCACCGAUGCAGGCCAUCCCCUGCCAGGGAACCCCUCUGGAGUUGGGGAGCCUGGCAUCGAGGCCGGGCAGUCUCCCUGUUUCCGACCGCUCGACGCCUUCGUGGUGACCAACCGCAUCCUCCGGCGGGACAAUUACCUCCUGGGGAUCCUGGCGCACGGCGGUCUCGGCCGCCAUGGGGGCCUGCUGGUCCCCAAUCGCGGGGGCUUUGUCCUGCGCGCCACACGAGGCAGCCGGUACAUGUAUUUCAUUUUGGAGUCCCUGCUGGCCUUCGUUCUCUUUGAGCCCCGAUCGCGGCAGGUGCGCGGCGAGGUCUUUGAGCCGUUGUACCAUGCGCGGGUGUCAAAACGUUUGGCCUUGUGGUUCCGGUCGGCCGGCGUCCUCCUCUUCCUCAUCUCGCCGAUUGCCCUGUUUUUCCUCCUUGCCACCUGGCUCUUCCUCUAUGGCCAACACAUCUACUCCAACCCCCACUUGUUUGGCUCGCGGGACUUCACCGCCCGCUCGCGCCUGGCUCUGCGGGAGUUCAACGAGUAUGGGCAUCUCUUCUCGCGGCGGCUGGACAGUGCCAUCCCUCUGGCUGAAAGCUACUUGUCGCAGUUCCCCACCCCAUAUGGGAGCUUCAUUCUCCGCUUUGUCACCCUCAUUACCGGAUCGGUGGCCAUUACCUUGCUGGCUCUGUCGCUGCUUGGUGGUGAUGCGGUUCUUAAGUUGGAAGUCAGCCCCGGCCGCACGGUCCUCUGGUACACUGGUAUGGCCUCGGUCGCGUAUGCCUGGGCCCGGCGGCAGUUGGCCACUCAAACACGGUCGUCCAGCCGCGGGGGCGACUCCUUCGAGGGGAUCGGCUUCAGCGGCCUCGGCAUCAGCACCCUGGCCGGGGAGGAUGCCGGCCCACGGGCCACUGACCCUGCGCGGGCCAUGGCCCUGGUCAUCGAGCAUACGCAUUACUUUCCCCGGAGCUGGCGCGGGCGUCUGCACACAGUGGAGGUUCGUGAUGCCUUCUCGACUUGUAUCAGCUUCGUGCUCUGGACAUCGCCUGGGAGUUGAUCGGUCUGCUCGUGGUACCGGUGGUCCUCUUUUUCGAACUCCCCCACUCGAGUGACCACAUCAUCAGCUACAUGAAGCAGUACUCGGAGUAUGAUUCGCGCAUGGGGUUCAUCUUCGCUCCGGCCACUCUGGACAUUGUUCGUUUCGGCUCGGUUCCCCCAGAGCCCGGGACCGAGGAGAGCCGCGUGGCGGCCGAGUGGCGGCAAAAGAUCGACCCUCCCAUGUCCCUCCGAUCGAAGGUCGACCGAUCAUUGCUGACUUUUGUGAAAAAUCACCCCGGAUGGCGACCGCCACGAGGGACAGAGCGUUUCCUCCAGAUUUUUGGGUCUGCCGGGGGAAGCAGCAUUCCUCCAGCCAAAGCGGCCGGUAUCUCGACAGGGCCGUCCCCCAACACCGGAGCUUCCUCGGCCAUUGGCACCGAUGCGCCGAGUGCCGGGGAGUCACGCUUCCCAACUACGCCAGCCGCCACAACAGGCGACCUUGGCGCCGGAAGUGACGGCGUCUCCCCGGCACGGGCCGAUCCAAUUGGCACGGAGUCGCCCCUGGCCCAGUGGCGAGCCCUGAGCGACCAUUAUCCGGCGCUGAUGACGGCAGUUGGCUUCGACUCAGUUCGCCUGCCGGGCAAGCGCAAUCACCACCAUCACCAACACCACUAUCUUCACAACCCGCAGCAAGAGCAACAGCCGCCGCCGCCGCCGCCGCAGCAGCAGCACAUGCAUUCAUCGCUUGAUCCCUUCGGGGCGCAUUCCCCAAACGAUGAUGGUCAGCUCGCGAUGGGAUUGCCGGCGGAGGUAGCCACCGGCACGGGAUCGGCUCCCUUGUUGGCUGGAGUGUCCCCCUCCGGAGGCUCGGACUCGUCGGCCGCGCUGACCGGUGUCACGGCCCUCUCUCAGGAGGUUCCCUAUCGCCAGUGGAAUGCCGACACAGAUGGCAGUGGCGGCUUUGUGUCGGAUCCCUGGGGGGUGGAUCGGAGUCAGCCCGGCCAGCCAGGCCAGCCAGGCCAGCCAGGCCAGCCCGGCCAGUCGCCAGCCGGUGGCUGGCGGCAUGGCACGCAGCCUCCAUCAACAGCAGCCCCCCUGGCGACCACCCUGCCCGGAAGUCUGACGCGCGCCGAUGCGGCUAGCCUGUUGUUGGAUGAGCCACUUGAGCCCCUAAUCCUCCCCGGUAGCCGACCACAGUCCAUCCGUGCCCUUGGAGGCCGGGCAUCCAGCGUCACCGGGCCGCUUUUCCAAAGCAGCCGCCCGUGUACCGGGCUUUCCUCGGCCCGAGAGCCUCUGCCAAUUCCCCAGCAGGGGAGUCUCCACCCGGGACAUGGCCAGCCUAUUAUGGCCCUCCUGGAUCAGUAUUACUUUGCCUGUAACGCCCUUCCCGGGGGCAUAGGUGGCGGUGGUGGCAGCGGUUCCGAUGGGCUUGACGAUCUGGACUCCGGCGGCAGUCACAUUCCAACAAUGGCCGCAACGUCCCUCGGCAUCGCGGGAAGCCGCGUGCAUCCGACGACCCCGGGGCCAGCGACGGCGGCGGCUGGUGCCGAGUCCGACGAUGAGGACGCCCCUCCAUCGAGCUUCUAGGCAGAGCCGUGCUUGUGACUCGAGCUGUUUUCCCCUCCGCCCAUUCAUAUGUCUGUGCAUGUAUUUUUAUUGUCCCCCCCGCCCUCAUCCUCUCCCCUCCAUUUCAUCCCUCUCCUUCUCCCUCCCUUCCUCCCUCACGGGUGUCCUCUGUCCUUGUGAAAUAGACCUCCUCCCUCUCCGCACA